AUGAUUGGUCCAGGUCUGUCACAACUCCCUCAUCACACAGCUACUCAAGACUAUCGAAGAAACACACUUCCACCAACCAGUGAAUCAGAAAACUCACAUUACUUGAAAUUAUCUCACACAAAUAAACAGCAACUUAAUAUGAUCAACAAGACUGACCUCCUAUUUUGGGCAAUAGCCCUUUUAGCAUUCUACGGCUUGGCAAGGCUAGGAGAGUUAUUACCAAACAACCAAUUGGACGCCAACAAA